CCACGCGACGCCAAGGAAAGGAAAGGAGAAGAGGAGGCCAAGUAAUCCAUGGGGGCGCGCGCGGCUCACGAGAGGAGAUGAGCUGUGAGUUGUCGUGCUAGUAGCAAACAAGGGGAAGCCCCCCGUUGGGAGGGGAUCGCCAUCGAUUUCGUGGCUUCCCGGCCACUGCUACCCUCUUUUCCAUUCUUUAUCUUCUCCCUGGCCGGCCCGAGACGAGACGAGACGAGAGAGAGAGAGAAGGGGAGCUCGGGGUUCUGGAAGGGAGAGUCAGGGAUAGAUAAAAGAGAGCAGCAGACGAAGGGGAAGAAAGGAUGCCCCGCGGCGGCUUCUCGGGGUCGCUCAGCUCGCCCAAGAUCGACGUCGUCAUCGACAUGGGAAACCCCUUCCUCAACCGCACCGUCGACGGCUUCCUCAAGAUCGGCGCGGUUGGCGCUUGCAAGGUGGCCGCCGAGGAGACGUUUGAGUGCCUCAACAAAGGAGAUGUUUCAAAGCACAAGCUUGAGCAUGCACUGAAGAAAAUGUGCAAGGAGGGUGCAUAUUGGGGUACUGUUGCUGGAGUUUAUGUGGGCUUGGAGUAUGGAGUGGAACGGAUCCGUGGUCACAGUGACUGGAAGAAUGCAAUGAUCGGAGGUGCCUUAACUGGUGCGCUGAUCUCUGCUGCCAGCAACCACCACAGAGACAAGGUCAUCAAGGAUGCCAUCACCGGAGGCGCCGUUGCGACAGCCGUUGAGUUCAUCAACUACCUUACCUAGUUCUGUAACUGCAUUUGCAGUGCUAUUACCGGACAAUAAGAAUAAGGACUUCUUCACUGAAGCCAUGUUAAGUUCAAUAAGCUACCUUCUUCAAUCUU